AUGCCGGGCGACAAGGCCGCGAACCCCAUGCGGGACAUCCGCGUGUCGAAGCUGGUGCUCAACAUCUCGGUGGGUGAGUCCGGCGACAGGCUCACGAAGGCCGCCAAGGUGCUCGAGCAGCUCACGGGCCAGGAGCCCAUCUACGGCAAGGCCCGCUACACCGUCCGGUCCUUCUCCAUCCGCCGUAACGAGAAGAUCUCGUGCAACGUGACUGUCCGCGGCAACAAGGCCAUGGAGCUCCUCGAGGCGGGCCUCAAGGUCAAGGAGUACGAGCUUCUGAAGAAGAACUUCAGCACGUCCGGCAACUUCGGGUUCGGCAUCGACGAGCACAUCGACCUGGGCAUCAAGUACGACCCGUCCACGGGUAUCUACGGUAUGGACUUCUACGUUGUGCUGGAGCGGCCCGGGUACCGCGUGGCGCGCCGCAGGAGGUGCCAGACGAGCGUGGGGGCCCCUCACCGCGUGACGAAGGAGGACGCCAUGAAGUGGUUCACCCAGAAGUUCGACGGCGUCGUGUCGACCAAGUAA